UUGUGAUAUAUUACUGUUGAAAUAUGGAGGAAUUUGAUGUGGACGACCCUUCCCCGCUACCGAGUACAAGUAGUACUAGUACUAGGCCUAGUAAUAGUAAUAGGCCUACUUCCGACUCAAGCCUAGGCCUAGGCCGAACUAAACGUCAGAUUGCUGUCGUUUGGAAAUAUUUCCAAAGAAGUGGCUUGAAUCCUGCUGAAGGUAAAUGUAAUAAGUGUGGUGAUGUUUUAAAGCUCAAAACUGGCUCGACCACUUCGAUGAUAAGACAUUUAGAGGGGAAGCACCCUGAUAUCUACAAAGAGUACAUUAAUGAGCAAAAGCAAUCCGAAAACAAAAAGUUGACAAAACAGCCGAAACUUUCCUAUUUUAAGCAACCUAAGAUUAAUGAUCUAUUGACUAGUGGGGAAAAGUGGCCACCACAUCACCCAAAGGCAAAAUUAAUAACGAAUUCCAUCACUAGGUGGAUGGCAAAAAGUCUACAUCCUUAUAGCCUUGUGCAGGAGGAAGGCUUUGUUGAUCUAAUGAAGUUAGUUGAGCCUAAAUAUAAGGUUCCAUGCAGAACAACAUUUUCGCGGAGCUUGAUUCCAGAACUUUAUUUAUCAACAAAAAACAGAGUUGAGGAAGACAUAAAAACUAAUUUGGAAAAGGGUUUAAAUUCUGUGGCCAUUUCUUCAGAUUUGUGGACAUCGUCUGCCAAUGAUUCGUUUUUAUCAGUAAACGCUCACUUUGUUGAUGACAGCUUCAGUCUAAAGACUCACUGUUUGGCUAAUGCGCACUUUGAAGACGAGCACAAUGGAAGGAACAUUGCCGGAAAAUUAAAACAAAUUGUUGAACAACAAUAUGGACUCAGGCCUCAAACAGUUCGUAUAUUCGGUUUGACUGACAACGCCUCAAACAUGGUCUCUGCUAUGACACUCGUUGAAGAUUGGACCCACUUCAGAUGCUUUGCCCAUACCUUACAGCUAGCAUUAAAUGAUGCCAAGAAAGAUGUGACUGGCAUGUUAAAGAUGCUCUCCAAGGCCAGAGCUAUAGUCGGCCACUAUAAACACAGUUCAACUGCCCAAUCAAGACUAAAUAAACUGCAACUGCAAUUGGGACUGCAACCCCUCCAUUUAGUACAGGACUGUGAAACUCGCUGGAACAGUGAGUUUCACAUGCUGUCGCGGUUGAUUGAAUUAAAACAACCUCUCUCAGCAGAUUUGGCAAAUGUUGAAAAAAUUGAAAAUUUAAACUCAAAUGAGUGGGAAUUAGCUGAGGGGUAUGUAAUUAUUCUCAAACCUCUGGAGAGUGCCACUACUGCAGCCUCUAGCAGUGCUCUUCCUACCCUGUCUUCAGUCUUGCCCAUCCUCGAUGGGAUAAAAGCUGUUCUGAGAAACUACAUUCAGGCUGGUAAGAAAGGACUGAUGUUUGCUAGAGCCCUUGAAAAAUCUAUUAAGUCAAGAUUUCCUGAUGGACAAUAUUUAAUGAAAAAAGAAUAUGUAUUGGCAAUGACCAUUGAUCCCCGGUAUAAGACAGUGAUCCUUGACGAUGAACAUAAAAGAGUAGCAAAAGACUUGCUUCAAAAUGAAGCUGUCAGGCAACUAGAAAAAUUAAAACAAAAAGAGUCUAUGUCCAGUUCAUCUACAGCAGCUACAGGGGAGGAAAGCUGUGAAACCCAGAAAGGUACCCAGGACCAGGACCAGGACCAGACUUUUUCUUUAUGGCAUCACUUCCAAAGCCGGUCCGGAACACCAACAUGCGUAGUAACAUCAGUAGCCAUAUCAAAUCAAGUUGAUGCUUUUCUAUCUUCUCCCACAAUAGACUUAAAGGAAGAUCCAUGCAAGUGGUGGAAGAUGAAUGCUUGCAUGUAUUCCUUCUUGGCACCUAUAGCCAAAAUGUACUUGGGUGUACCAGCGACUGAGGUUGAGAGUGAGCGAGUUUUUUCCAGUGCCGGAAACGUAGUAAGUGAACGGCGUCGCAGAUUGAAACAAGAACAUAUAAGUGAACUAGUGUUUUUGCACCACAACAUCUAACUUAGUUACCAAUGUUACCACAACUUACUUAAAUUUGUUAUUUUAUAGCCUUAGAUGUUUUUUACGUGAGGCUAACUACAUUUACCUAAACUUCCAGUGCAAUUAUCUUUUUUGUAAUUCA